AUGCAUUGGGAACCUAAGCCUACUAGCUCGUGGAUACUAAAGAACAUAGCUAAGGUACGAGAUAUUACUAUGCAGAGUGAGUAUUGGAAUGAUAGUGUUCAGCAGAGCAUAUUCAACACUAAUGCUAUGUACAAGGAUUUGAGAGGAAGGCAUGAAAAUCAAUCUUGGAGAAAGCUUCUAAUCCAAAAUUAUGCUAGACCUAGGGCAUGUUUUACUCUAUGGCUUGCUAUUCUAAACCGGCUCCCAUCCAAAGAUAGAUUACUGAAGAUCAAUAUUCAUACUGAUGGAAAAUGCAGCUUUUGUGGGCAAUCUGAAAGUAUCGAACACCUGUUUUUCCUGUGCAGCUUUACCAGUAACAUUUGGAACCAUGUCAUGGCCUGGAUAGGCUAUUCUCGAAGCUGUAAGGGAUGGGAGGAGGAGAAGAAAUGGUUAUGUAUGGAAACUGCAAAGAAAGGAUGGCGUCGCUGCCUCCUUAAGCUAGCCAUUGCUGAAGUUGUUUAUCAAGUAUGGCAAAUGCGCAAUGAUAGAAUUUUUAACAACAAGGAUGCAGAUGGUGAUAUUUUGCAUAGGAUCAAGCAGACCAUUGUUAUUAGGUCUUGUGCUAAGAGAGUUUUGAAAAACCACAUGGUUUUUCACAUUUUACUCCAAAAAAAAAAAUUAACGGUUUUCAUAAAAUUUUGUAAUUAA